AUGAAGAAGCAGGAAAUUAAGAAGACACAAGACAUAGAGAAAGUAAUCGCAGACAUUUCUUCAGAACCAUUGAGUGGAGCCCAUUUGACCGCCAAGAAAGUGAAGGAACCAGAUUGUAUUUUAGUGGAUGGUCUUUCGCGAGAAACAUCUUUGAAGAUCAUACAGUAUUAUUUUGGCAACGAGAAGGAAAGUGGCGGCACCGGUGUCAGAGACGUGCAGCAGGGACCAACAGACACUCAGGCUAUUGUCUACUUUGAAGACUGGAAAGCUGUUGGUGACGUUCUGUCUAAACGGAGUCCCCACAAGAUUGGUGACACCGAGUUGUUGGUUGAAGAGUAUCAUGAAUGCCUGGGAAGACUGAGUCCAGUAGAUGUUCCUACUCCUCAUGUCCCUAAGCCAGUCAUUGUACAAGUCCAAGAACCCAUCAUGGAGUUCAUCUUCGGGAAGGGCCAACACACAAAGACAAAGUUGAUUCAGAAGAUUAGGAAUGCAAAGGCCAUUCUGAAAUGGCCGGAUGGUGACGACAAGACAUCAGCUAGGCUGGAACCUCUUCUGGAAGAUAGACAGGGACAAUCGUCUUGGCUCCAAUGGUCUGAAACUGCUUCCCGAGUUGUGACGGACUUCCUAAACAGGUGUAAGUCAUCCAGAAUUGCAGUCCCACCGCCAUUUUGGAAAGACGUCAUUGAUAGCAUAGAUCAACUUAGCACCAAGAGCUUCUCCAUUCAGCCUGAUGCUAGCACUCAUGUAGUCACUCUGACCGGGGAGCAGCAAGACGUUGAUAAAGGAUGUAAUGAUAUCGAUCGAAUCAUUGAGAAGUCGAGAGCAAAGGCUGAAUAUGAAGCACAGCAUAAAGAAGAAGGCAUAACCUUGACAGAAGAGAAGUCCCAGUUUUUUAUCAUGUGUGGCAUCAAGGAUAACAUUGAAAAAGACUUUCCGAACCUGAAGAUCACUGUGAUCUCUUUACAAGAUAAAAUCAAACUAAUUUUUGAAGGAUCACGUGAGAUCGUCCAGGAAGCAGAGCUAUCGAUGCGGAGGCAGAUGGACAGUCUGGAGAGAGUAGAACUCAAAACGGGACGCAACAAAGUUAGGUUUGUUCAGAAUGUUACCGACAAGAUCCAUGAGAUCUUGCGAUCACAGAGCAUUAGAGCAGCAUGCAAUGGAUCCGAUGAUGGCAAGAUCGUCAUAUCUGGUGCCUCUAAGAAGGAUACGGUUCAAGCUAAAGCAUACAUCGAUCAGGAAAUACGAGAGGUUGACAUUGCUAUCAAAGACCAAGCUGCAAUGGAUGUUCUCCAGAGCCCAAACGGCCAGAGGCUCCUUGAAGAAAUAAACAGGCAGAAAUCUGUAAUGGUAGCCAUCAGCAAUUAUGGAGGUAACAUUGUUGAAUUUGCAGGAUUCAAGGAUAACUUGGGCGCGACAAAGCAAAAAGUCAUGGAUUUCCUGAAAGAUAAUGUAAUUGUCAGGAAAACCGUUCCAGCAAACAAGAACAAAGUUUAUCUUAUCACCAAAUUCCAUGGCCAGGAUCUGGUAAAUUUGGAAAAGCAAAAUGCUAGAAAUCACGUGAAAAUCCAACAACUGAGGAAUGGCGGCAACAAGGGAUUUGUGAUUCAAGGAAAUGAAGAGGGUUCGGAAGCCGCAAGGCAGGCCAUUGCUUCCCUGAUAGAUAGAAUCAAGGGGCAGCAAUAUCCAGUCUCAAAGACUGGAAUGGCCCAACUCUUAAGAGAACAAAAAGGGAGAAGGUUUUUAGAAUCGCUUGAAUCAGAUCACGAGUGUGUUAUCAGAGAGAAUGUGAAGGAAGACAGCGAUGGUGAAGCCAAAUUUGAAGAAAGCACAGCCUUGAGACCAGUGGUACCUACAAAGGUGCUCUGCCGAAUUGCUCUACCAAAUGGCUUUACUUUGAAAGUAUGCAGAGGCGACCUGACAAGGCAAAAAGUAGACUGCAUAGUCAACGCUGCAAAUACGAAACUGAAUCAUGAUACAGGACUAGCAGCUGCUAUAGUUGAAGCAGGUGGGAAAGUUAUUCAGGAUGAAUGUGAGCAGAUACUGAAGACAAAGGGCCGCCGAUUGUUCAUGGGCGAGGCUGUUCACACUACUAACGGGAAACUACCCUGCAAGACAGUUAUUCAUGUUGCAGGACCUAAAUGGCCACAUCGUAGAGGAGCCACAUCUAAGUCAGCUGAUGAUGAGCCAACUUCCGAAGAGCGUCUACUGUGUGGCAGCAUCAUCAAUUGCCUGAAACUCGCCAAUAAGCUGAAUUUGCAGUCCAUUGCCAUACCAGCCAUAAGCACUGGUGUUUAUGGCUUCCCAGUUGACCUCGCCGCAAAGCAGAUCCUUAACGCUGUGGCUGAGUUCUGUCAGAACACGCCCGACCCUACUCUGACGGAGAUUCAUUUCAUCAACAAUGACCAGCCAACCUGUGACGUAUUCAGAACGGCGGUGAUGGAUCGAUUUAGCCAAUUUCAUGUCGAGAAAGAUGGCACUGACGUUGACAAGUUGCCUGGAGGUGAAAGUUGGGAUCCACCAAUUGUUGAUUUCGUACCACAAACCGCCCAUGCUUCUGCUCGAGCUCCAGCUCCAGCCCAAGCCCCAGCCCCAAGGAUUACUUCAUUUGGGCAAACCAUCCUGACAACAAUGGAGGGCAUCAACAUAACCCUGAAGAAAGGAAGCAUCACCAGUGAAACGGUUGAUGUAAUAGUCAACACUGCUGGAACUGACAUGAAGCUAAGUGAAGGUGCAGUGUCUAAGGCCAUAUUGCAGGCAGCUGGGCAAGCCUUACAGCUAGAGUGCAGCACAGUGACUUCUACUCGUGGGAAAAUCCCAGCUGGUGAAUACAUAGAAACGGGACCGGCUGCUCUUACAUGCAAAAAGGUAUACCACUGCGUCUGUGAAAGUUACAGUCCAGCCAGAGCUGAGCAGUUCCUGAAGGAGCUUGUCCACAGUUUAAUGGAGCACGCUGAGCAAGAUGGAAUGCUUUCCAUAGCAAUCCCAGCACUCGGUACAGGCAACCUGAACUACCCAGCUGAUGUCACUGCCCGGGUCAUGUAUGAAUCAGUCUUGGAAUUCAGCAGUCAACAUCCGAAUGGUGUACUGAAGGACGUCCGCUUUGUAGUGUACGAGAAAGAUGUGAGCACUGUGCAGUGUUUUGAGAGCGAAAUUCAACGCCUAAUGACCCCUGCAACACCAAAUGGAGCUACAGGAUUCAUCCCUUCCGGCCACGAAAAGAAGUUGAUAAAUACUGUUCCAUUAUCAGGUCCAAGAGGUACAAGUGGUGGUUCACCAGUUGUUGGUGGCGUACCCCAACCAGUCUCUUCCUCUGCUUUAGCCCCAAGGUUUACUUCACCUAGGCAAAACAUCUUGACAACAAUGGAGGGCAUCAACAUAACCCUCAAGAAAGGAAGCAUCACUGAUGAAACGGUCGAUAUAAUAGUCAACACUGCUGGAAGUGAUAUGAACCUUAGUGGUGGUGCAGUGUCUAAGGCCAUAUUGCAAGCAGCUGGGCAACGCUUACAGCUAGCGUGUAACAACGUGAUUUCUAGUCGAGGAAACAUCCUACCUGGUGAAUUCAUAGAAACGGGCCCAGCAAAUCUAACAUGCAAAACAAUCUACCACUGCGUCUGUGAAAAAUACAGUCCAGCCAGAGCAGAGAAGGUGAGAGGAGCAAUGUUCCUGAAGGAGCUUGUCCUCAGUUUGAUGGAGCACGCUGAGCAAGAUGGAAUGCUUUCCAUAGCAAUCCCAGCACUCGGUACAGGCAUACUGGAUUACCCCGCUGAUGUCACUGCCCGGGUCAUGUAUGAAUCAGUCUUGGAAUUCAGCAGUCAACAUCCGAAUGGUGUACUGAAGGACGUCCGCUUUGUAGUCUACGAGAAAGAUACGAAGACUGCGCAGGUUGAUGUUAUAGUGAACACUGCUGGAACUGACAUGAACCUAAGUGAAGGUGCAGUGUCCAAGGCCUUAUUGCGGGCAGCUGGGAAAGCCCUACAGCUGGAAUGCAGUACAGUGACUUCUACUCGUGGGAAAAUCCCAGCUGGUGAAUUCAUUCAAACGGGACCGGCAGCUCUAACAUGCAAAAAGAUCUACCACUGCGUCUGUGAAAAAUACAGUCCAGCCACAGCAGAGAAGUUCCUGAAGAAGCUUGUCCUAAGUUUGAUGGAGCACGCUGAGCAAGAUGGAAUGGUCUCCAUAGCAAUCCCAGCACUCGGUACAGGCAUACUGGAUUACCCCGCUGAUGUCACUGCACGGGUCAUGUAUGAAUCAGUCUUGGAAUUCAGCAGUCAACAUCCGAAUGGUGUACUGAAGGACGUCCACUUUGUAGUCUACGACAAAGAUGUGAAGACUAUUAAGUGUUUUGAGGGCCAAAUUCAAACGCUGACCUCUGCAACGCCAGGAGGAACUGCAGGACUCACCCCUGUUGACCUCGGAAAGAAGUUGAAACAGGCUGGCUCUUCACAAGACUGUCCUGAGAAACCGGAUGUCGCCCAGAUGUCUGCCAUUCUCUCUGCUUCAGGACUGAAACAACAUGUUACUGAGCCUACGCAUGCACAAGGACACACUCUAGAUUGGCUGGUGACCAGAAUCAAUGAAGAUGGAUAA